AUGGAGUCUGCGCUUCCGAGAAGAAAGAGCAUCAGGGCGAGGCAUUCUCUUUUGCUUCUAUUUGGCCCACAGGAUUCUGGCUCCGCUCGGCGAGAGGGGUGCUCGAGAUAUUACGACUUGAAACAUACACCCUUCAUCUUCAGGCGCCGAUCUGUGCUGAUUGAGCGUCGCAAGAUCUCUCCGCAGCUGGAGCGACAGAUCCGCUGGUCUUGUGUCUUGCUUGCGAAGAGCAUUGAGCAAGAAGAAUUCGAACUUGAUCUCAGACAAACACAGAACAGCCAUGAUGCCGCCUCCCCACGAGAGAAAGAUGACAUCCACCCAGCGGCUUCAACUCCAGGAGAGCAGAACCAGUGUAACCACAACAUCAGGAAGUAUGACUCUGCUAUCGAGCUGGAUACUCAGCAGGUUCCCAGUCUGACAAAUGAAUUUCCCUCGGCUUCUCCCUUUCAAGACCUGCAUGAAUUCGACUCUGGCUCCAAGCACGAUUCAUCGGCGAGUGCUAGCUCGCCCGCCACAACUUGUAGCGACAUGACUUUCUGCACCGGACUUUCCAGUGUUGAGCCUUCUCUCAAGAGCCUCGCUCCAACUGUGCAAGGUCAACAAUCAGCUCCAGAAGAAAUUUUCACGAAAUGCCCACCAGUUCAGUCCGACGAGGCCUUCCUGGCAGGCGAGUCCAGCCCUAAUUUCUCCGACGAAGAGACUAUCUCAGAUGACGUCGAAGUUUUCUUCAAUCCAGAUAACACGAGAUUCAACCUCGGGAGAACACCAAGCCUCUCCCGACCGUGCACCAAGGCCACCCAGCUCAACCACAAACCUCGCUUCAAGCACUUCCCAGCUGUUCCGCAGAGCGAUACCACCGAAGCACACGAGACCAGUGGCGGAGGCACUCCACUAAAACCCGGCGAAUUCGGCGCUACCUGCAUUCGCAAGCGAGAUGACGAACCCGCUGCGAUCGUUGACAGCCGUGGCGUCGUCCACAUCAUGACAGACGUUGAAGAAGCACAGCGCAACAGCGACCUCGAGCUCGCCGUCAUGGAGAAGAUGAAAACCGGCGUUAUCAGAUGCAGCGUCACUUCGCCUGCCGAUGGAGAAGCCGCUGCUCCCCUAUCAAAGUCUGACAAACAUCCACUACCAGCCUCGGCAAAACGGAAAACGUCAUCCUUCUGGUCUCUAAGAUCGCUCAUCUCCAGAGAGAGCUUGGGGAGCCUGAAGCGCCAUGCCAAAGAGCGCCAAACUCAAUCCCCCUCCCGUUCUCGAUCUCAGUCCGUGUCUCUGGCGGAGUCCCAGCUUCCCCGCAAGAGCCCUUCCCUGCUGAGGAAGAUGUCCGUGUUGGACAUGGGAAGGCACCGGCCUAUCAGUGCGUCUCGCAACAAGGACACGACGGGAUUUAAUCGCAUCGUUAGCUAA